AUGUAUCCUGGUCUUCGUCUCCUGCAGGGCAAUUGCAUGGUGGCCGAUGCUCAUUGGGGAUUGGAGAAGGGUGUGAAAAUUGGCGUUGAUGGAGACUGUCGUAGCUUUGUAAGAGAAGUGCGUAAGAUAUCCACGGGAAGCGCCGAUACGCCUUUCUGGUCUGAUAUCAAUAUCUCCUGUGCAACUGAGUCUCUUGAUGCUAUCCGAAGCUGGGGAUGGAAUUUAGCGUAG